GAGAGAGAGAAGGAGAAACUGUGUAGAAAUAUGGCAUAUGACUUGAGGCACAUACUUUCCGGCUUUCUGACAGCCUCAAUGCUCCUCAUGUUGUGUAAUAUGAUCAAGAAAGAUCUUAUUGAGCCACCGUUGGGUGAUUUCUCAAUACAACCCAUCACUCCAAUCAAUGUGAUAAAAUCUUCUUCUGGUAAUGGACGACUUCGUACCUCAUCCGACCCUUGGGGAGUAAACAAAAGUAUAGAAGUAUUAAACCCUUGCUGGAGAAAAUCAACAAAUUCAAAACCACAAGAAUCAGAAGGUUUUGUAUUUGUCACAUUGGCUCAGGACCCUGACUAUCAUAUCUCACAGAUUGCUACUGCCAUUGUUGUUGCUAAAUACCUUGGAGCUGCUCUAGUCAUUCCAAACCUAAGACAAUCUGAAUCGGGGCAAAAAAGGAUGUUUGGAGAAAUCUAUGAUUUGGAAAAAUUCACUGAAAGCCUAGAUGAGAAAGUGCCACAGGCUAUGGAUUCACAAUUGGCAGAAAUAUCUAAUCAAAGGGUUACCACAGUGAAGGUGCCUAACAUGGUUUCCCAAGAAUUCAUCAAGUCAAACAUUGAGCCAAUAUUCAAAAGCACAAGAAAUCUAAGGCUUUCUAUUUACUUCCCAUCAUCAACUAAGGAGCAAAUAACAAUGAAUCCAUAUGGAUGUUUGGGUACGUUUGACACCUUGAUGUUGAGCCCAGAGUUGCAAGAAUCCAUAGACUCCAUGAUUGGAAGACUGAAAAGCCUCAACCCCAAUUCAAAAGGACGAUUUGUUGCGGUGGACUAUAAGGUUGUUGAAACCAUACCAGAAAAUACCGAGUGUCCUCUUGACAACGCAACUGGAAUCAAACAUUGCUUUGAUGCAAAGGAGAUAGCCCAUUUUCUAAAGAAGAUUGGUUUUCAAAAUGAAACAACUAUUUAUUUGACUCUAAAUGGCUGGCACACAAGUAUUGAGCAUCUUAGAGACAUUUUUCCUAACACCUUUACCAAGGAUGCAAUCGUUCCAGCAGAUGAGAAGUCCAAGUUUCUGGAUCCUGGAAGACCAGAAUUGAAGCAAAUUAUAGACUUUUAUGUAUCUUCUGCACAUGAUGUUUAUGUACCAACAUGGUCAAAUGUGUUUUCUGAGAAUGUGAUUGCAAGGAGAAUCGGCAUUGGGAAAACGCAAGUUCUUGUGCCCACCAACAGAUCUUCGCUUUCUGCAGAAGACUAUAUUCCUCUUUACAUAUCCAAGAGCAAAUAUUGGGCGUACUCAUGCUUGUGUUCAUAAAUCACAAAUCAAAUAAUGAAUGAUGGAUGCAUGGGGGAAUGAAUAAAUCAAGAUUGGUUGAAAGUUUCGAAUACUAUUGCGCCUUGUAAACCAAUAAAAAGUGUAAUAAGAGUUUAAGUUUUUUACUUAAUUGGGAAUUGUUUAUA